UGUGUGUAUAGAUGCAGAAUGAAACAGUAAUAUUACAUUUUGGUUGUAUCAUGUCUAAACAUACAUUUACAGUGAUUGUAUAUAAGAGGCUAAAUAACAGGAACCAGGAGUGGGUUUCCUUUUGACAUACCAUGUCAUCAAAUUACACUACAACAGCAUAGUGCUCAAAUGAUUAAAUAGAGCAUGUAAAUGUUUCACACAUACAAAGUUUGUAGACUCAAUAUUAUGACAUAAAAUAGGCUGAAGCACAUACAAAUGUAUGUAAAAUGUCCAGUUAAAAUGUACUGGAAUAAAAUACCAUUUAUAAUUACAAAUUCAAAAACCUGAAUGUGUUAACAUUAAACCAACCUUUAAACCAGUAUUCAAAUAUAGAUAGGCCUUGGCUGCGUAUAAUCUUCAAACGGGAAUUGUAUUGCAAUGAUGUGUCACCCUUGAAAAACGAAAUGUUUUGAAAGGGAACAGUUAAUCAGGGUGUGUAUCCAGUGAAAACAAUCACCUGGAAUGGGACAACAGCAUAAAGCAAGCUGCCCUAAAAACAGUGCUGAAGUUCAGCAGACAUAUUGUCACUACAAUAAAGGAGACAGGGCAUUGUGAAAUUGGUCUGUAAACAGUGCUAAAUUUCAGCUCACACAAGACAACUUUCAGACGGACAACUGUGAAGAAAAGCAAAAAGAUGACUGCCAAAAAAGUCCAGGUGCGAAGGGUUGUUUCGAAGGACGGACACAACAAUGUGAAGAUUGAGAAUGUUGAGGGCAUGGUGAAGCUGUAUCUGCAUGACAUAUGGACAACAGUGGUGGACAUGAAGUGGCGCUACAAGCUUACUCUUUUUGCCUCAACGUUUGUGAUGACCUGGUUCAUUUUUGGUGUUCUCUUUUAUCUAAUUGGAAUGACAAAUGGAGACUUUGAUAGUGAGCUGCCUUCCAAUCACACCCCCUGUGUGAUGAAUGUAGAAACACUUACAGGGGCUUACCUAUUUUCUCUUGAAUCUCAGACCACCAUUGGCUAUGGCUUCCGUUACAUUUCAGAGGAAUGCCCACUUGCUAUCUUCACUUUGGUGGCCCAGCUGGUUAUCACUGGCCUGGCAGAGAUCUUUGUCACAGGGGCACUGUUAGCUAAGCUGGCACGCCCGAAAAAGAGAGCCGAGACUAUCAAGUUCAGCCAGUCAGCUGUAGUCUGCAAACACGAGGGCAAGCUGUGUCUGAUGGUCAGGGUGGCCAACUUGAGGAAGAGCCUGCUGAUCCAAUGUAAUCUGACAGGUAAGCUUCUCUUCCCCUAUGUAACACAUGAAGGGGAGAAGACACAAAUCCAGCAAAGCAAUGUGGACUUCCAGUUGGACUCUAGUGGAGAGUGUCCCUUCCUCAGCCUUCCUCUAACAUUUUACCAUGUCCUGGAUGAGACCAGUCCCUUGGCAGGUCUCUCUGCAGAGAACCUUCAGACAAGAGACUUUGAGUUGCUGGUGACACUCAAUGCAACAAUGGAAUCAACUGCUGCCACUUGCCAGAGCCGUACAUCUUAUGUGCCCCAGGAGAUCAUGUGGGGUUAUGAAUUUAAGCCAGUGCUCUUCACCACUCCAAGGGGGCGCUAUGUUGCUGACUUUAAUUUCUUUGACAAAAUGAAGCCCUGCAAUGACUCCACCCUGCUCAGCAAUCACACAGAGAAGCUUCAGCUUGAACAGGAGUAUCGUAGAGAGUAAAUACAAUUUUAACCAUUUUUUAAAUUGAAAGUAGUCAGUACCUUUUUCAGAACAUUAAAAGGGACGCAUUUUAAAAAUCCCAUGAGCGCCACAAUGUCAGCUAGACAUAAAAUGUAGAUAUUGGACCCUGAUAUUCUUAAAAUAUAGAACUGGAAUGUUACAUACACACUCAUGUUACAUGUUACAUAAACACUCAUUACCCCUCUGAAAUCAAUUGUGUGUUGGCCCCUGAUAUCUAUUUUUAUCUGGUCUUUCCUUCUAGCCAGUUCCUGUAAAUAUCUUAUCAGUUAAUAAAAACCUAUGGCCUGCAAGUAGGCUUUCCAUCUGUUUGAA